AUGGCAUCCGCGAAGCUUUUCGAAGGUAUUCCUAACUUCCCAAAUGAUGUACCCCUCUCCACUAUGGACACAAUCUCUCUAGCAAGCUUAAAUGUAGGCGAUGAGGCUACCUCUAAAAGGCUGUUUGCCGCGUCCCAGGAACUAGGUUUCUUUCUCCUUGAUCUACGAAAGGACGACUUAGGCAAGACAAUAAUUGAGGAGAUCGAUCAGCUAUUCGAUGUGGGCCAGGGGAUUUUGAACCUACCCGAAGAGGUAAAAAUGAAAUAUUUCCCUCACGACUUUCCUAAGAGUUUUCUUGGCUUUAAGCCGCGUGGUUGUGCAAAAACUGAGACCGAGGAGCCUGAUCGCUUCGAGUGGUUUAAUAUGAGUCAAGACGGCCUGAUGGGCAGUGCUCCAUUGCAGCCACUCCCGGACUUUGUGCAGUCUCACUUGCCUCUACUUGUAUCCUUUCUCAAACACGGGCAGAGAAUUGUUGCCACAAUAAGCACCGUCCUUGCAACCCAGCUGGGUUUACCUCCUGAUACAUUUACAUCUUUACAGGACCCUACACAACUAUCAGGAACCGUGCUACGAUUUAUCAAAUCAUUCGCAAGUACGGAGACGGAAGACCUCCGCACUAGUAUGAUCCAUCACACGGACUUUGGAACUAUCACUUUACUAGCAAAUGUGCUUGGCGGCUUACAAAUUCUUGCUCCGGGAAAGGACCCAGCGGAUGCAGAUGCUUGGCUGUGGGUACGACCGCAGCCAGGAUGCUUAAUCGUAAACCUAGGCGACGCGAUGGUCCAAUGGACCGGUGGGUUACUACGCAGUAACGUCCAUCGCGUCAGAUAUGCACCAGGCCUACAGCGUCUCGUUGAUCGGUAUAGCUUAGCGAUUCUCGUAAGGCCGGAACGAAAUGCUAGCAUGAGACGAUUGGUAGGGGAAGGUGAGGAUAGUGAACUGACGGCCUGGGAAUGGGAAGUCAAGAAAACUAUGGCGUUAAAGAGGGGUUAG